AUGUCUGCUUGGAAGUCUGCCGGUCUCACCUACCUUCAAUACGCCAACAUUUGCGCUCGUGCUCUUCGCAAUUCGCUCAAGAACGACCUCCGCGUUGCUGCUCAAGCCCGUAACCAAAACAACUUGAAGUUUGCCAAGUGGGAAAGUGGUGUUCAAUCCGAGCAGAAAUUCGUUGCUCCUCAAAAGAACGCUCAACAGUAA